AUGAUGGUGGCUCCGGGAGACGAAGGCUGGGAUGAGCAGCAGACAUGGGAAUCCCUUCUCGGUGAGCCCAUGUAUGGGGGGUUAGGUUUCCCUCCUCAACAGGCCUACGGUGAGAAUACACCUGCGCAGCAACAUGAGAGUUUACUGUAUGCCAAUGACCAUGACAAAGUGGGAUUUAAUGAAAAUGCGUCAAAAAGUGGUUCACACUUAGAUGAUCGAUUUUCUCUCUCCGAGGAGGCUACACCGUUAGGUGCCUUUCCUACAGGAAUCUCUACAACGAGUAACAUUGGGCCCAAUUGGAGAGGAUCACCAGCAGGAGAAUUACGGCGAGAAUCCAUUUCACAACAGCACCACCACCAACAACAACAGCCCGAAGAGUCGUCGCAGCAACAGCAGCAGUUUUCAGAAUUUUUCACAAGGACCGAUGAUACUUCUUUGAGUUUUGCAGAUGACUUAGGAUCUUCACUAGGUUCGAGCCUUUAUACGGAAAUUCUCACACCUAGUUAUUCGUCUUCAGUACCUUAUCAUCCGCAAUCCUUUAGUGGACCAACAGCAUAUUUAUCACCAUCUGCAGGCGUUAGAUCACCAAGUUCAUCCGUAAGAGCAGGUUCUUACCUCACAGGAUCACUUAGAAACACUUCUGCGAAUACCCCGAGAACACGACACGCUUCUAUUAGCAAUAGUAUUAGUAACGGCGGUGAGGGUAUAUUGCCAGGCAGUGUAUCUCAUGAAGAUAGGUUGAAACGUAAGAGAGAAUUUCAUAAUGCAGUGGAGAGGCGUAGACGCGAAUUGAUUAAACUAAAGAUUAAGGAACUGGGUACAAUAGUACCGCCUUCACUUUUAAAUUACGACAUUAAUGGUAAACAGGUUAAACCGAAUAAAAGUAUUAUCCUUAACAAGACUGUUGAAUAUCUGGAAUAUUUACUACAAGUCUUGGAAGCACAGGAUAGGAAAAAAAUUCAGUUGUUAGAAAAAUUACAGGAACUACAGGACCAGAGUAAAAUUGUCAAGACGCAGCAACGACAACAACAACAGCAGCAACAACAGCAGCAACAACAGCAGCAACAACAGCAACAGCAACAGCAACGACAACAACAACCACCUCUAAUGAUGGGACCAACCCCUCCAUAUAACGAAUUUGAUGAUUUCUCCGGUAAAAUUAUCGAUACAAGAGCCAAACCUUCACCAUCACCACUUGCAACUGCUCCGUUGGAUGUCAAUCAACAAAACCCUGUUCCUACUAAUGAUGAUCUACAACAAUUUUUGUCUGGUGAUUUGAUUGAGGCAGAGGAUAAUGCCAAACUAAUAUUUGGUGAUGGUGAUGCCAAUCCAGCGGACUACUUAUUGGAAUUUGAUUCAUAA